AUGUUGGUGUUAACGAGGUUCAUUCUUCCAGAUUUCGGUGACACCUACUGGGAGGCACUGGUGCCUGCAAAGGGCCACAGUCCUUUCACCCCUGCAAUAAAGAAGUUAAAACUUCUCUGGAAGAGGGUCUGUUUCCACUGUAGAGAACCCGGCCAUGGUGUUGCUGAUUGUCCUGCAGUACUUGAAAGUCAAGAUACAGGUACAGGAAUCUGUUACCGGUGCGGAUCCACAGAACAUGACAUCAGCAAAUGCAGAGCAAAAGUAGAUCCAGCUGUUGGGCCAUUUCCAUAUGCAAAAUGUUUCAUCUGUGGUGAGAUGGGGCAUCUAUCAAGGUCAUGUCCAGAUAAUCCCAAAGGAUUAUAUGCUGAAGGUGGUGGCUGCAGACUUUGUGGCUCUGUGGAGCACUUCAAAAAAGACUGUCCGGAAAAACAGAACUCAGAUCAGGUUACGGUCGGGCGAUGGGCCACUGGAAUGAGCGCAGAUUAUGAAGAAAUUUCAGAAACACCAAAGCUGCAAAAACCAAAAGUGAAAGAACCCAAAGUUGUUACUUUUUGAAGGCCUCUUGGCUCUAAACCACAGCUAACCCGUGCAGCUUCACUCCAGAGUAGUGACCACAAGGAGUGGAUUGCUGGUUCCAGAAAAUCAAGCAGACUUCUGCUGCUGAAUUUAUUUUUUUUUUGUUGUCCUCCCUCUCACUUUUCCAGUUUGCCUCCCAGACUCCCCUAGCUUACUGAAAAUCUGUGAACAACAGAAAUACAGCAAGUGGGUACUUUUUUAUGUAUCUCUGCUGAAAUACAGCAUUCCUUCUGAUUGACGUUCCCUCUCACUGCCAGCUCUGAGGAGGGAAAUGGGCUGCUGCUUGUAGCAGGGAUCCGGUUGCAGUAACCAAACAGGGCAUGUGCAUUUGUCAUGGGGGUCUGCCUGGAUUUUGGUGGUCAGUAUUGUUACCUUAAGAGUGCUGCUUUUACUUAUCAGAGACAAACACAAUCAUGCUGGUCUUACUAAGAGUAUUUCCACAUCUCUCCGAAAGGCGUUGUGGAAAUUUUCUAAAGACUCUUGUUGGGUUCUGGUUUAUUUUUGCCUUCUCCUUUUGGAAAGAAUGAUUUCUUGCUCUGCAUUUGCAAGCUUGAGCAGUCUUGUAGUGAAGUUACCAGGUAAACCCUACAGCCUGUAGAGCUUGGGUGUGCAGUUACCACUACUCAGCUAAAUGCAUACGUGCAUUAACCCAGUUGUUUAUGCAUGUUGGAUUUGUUUGAGUAUUUGUCCACCAAUAGAAACAGAAUCAUGCCCUUGCUUUGAUAGCUGUGGUGAAACAUACCUGAAAAGAGUUGGAGAGCAAGUGAGCAGCUUGCUUAGCUCCUUUACUUUUUUCAAGGGAAGUGCUCAAAAAUCUUCAGCGUUUCUAUCCCUUGGUGGGUUGGGAGUAAACUUUGCUUUGUAUUACAUGUGCCUGCUUAAUGGCAGGUUUUAUUUAUUUUUAAACAGAGACUGGAGCCUGAAAAACAGCAGCCUUAGAAAAACUGAUAUGUAUUAAAAGAAGUUUCGAAACCAACUCAAAAUGGAGUUCCUGCAACGGCUCUCCAAAUGCAGUGGUAAUUCAACCUGUGCAGCUAGGGUGGUAGGCUUUCACUUGGCUCUGAUCAUCUCACCCAAGAUGAAGAAGGGAGCACAAUGCUACUGCACAAGUGCACCUCGAGCUCAUCUCACAUGCUGCACUUCAUUCCGAACCGGUGUCCCAGCACGGUUCUGGACAGUGUGGGCUGGUGCUGCCCAGGCUCUCCGUGCAGCGCUCCGUUCUGCUUUGUAGGCAGGCGCCCGCACACCCGUGACAUCGGGCUUUCGGGCCUCUAUGGCAGCCAUGGUUGCCAUCAGACAAAUACAGUACUUCUGUCCCAAAAAUCUUAAAACGUGCCUUCUAAAAACUUCAGCUUGCAUUAUACAGUAAUAAGCAGCAGUCCUUGGGAGGAAGCUGCACAGUAGUAAAGCUGCUGCUUCUAAAAGAAUUAAUUUACCCUUUGAAUAAAAGUGUCCUAGCGGUCCGUGUGUGGCCUUGGUGAGAACACAGAAGGAACACCAGACAGUAAACUUGAGCUCAGGACUGGGGUUUGAGGUGCUCAGGACCAGCUGCUGAAACUAUGAGUUUGGAAUGUACUUUUCUGACAGCAGAAAACAAAUACAG